AUGAGUCAAGACUCCUUCGCACACCGAAAGAAGAAAAUUCGUAGAAAGAGAUCAAGAGGUUGAUGCCGUGUUCAAAGUGAUUCUGCGAAACUCGAAAUAGCAGUCAGAGAGCGAAAAAGGUAACAAACUUUUGGAGAGUCACAUAUAAUUUUGCAUUUCGCGGAAUUCACUUUAAAGUCAAAGCUUUGAACACAAAAUGAAUUGAAAACAACAACCUACCGUUGAAAAAGAAAGAAAUCAAAAAUCACGGACGCGAAGCAGUCCAUGGGGCGCGUUUACUGAGAAGUGGUCCUUUUUCGUAUUAUUUUUUUUUGGAGCAUAAUUUUUUUAACAUAUGUUCUCAGCAUUUUGAAACUUAGUGAACUCAUUUUUUUGCUUAAAGUGUGAAGGUCUCACUGAAUUCACUUCAUUGAAUACUACUAAAAAAAUAAAAUCACCUACUUUUACGUUUAAAUAUUGAUCAAACCAACAAGAAUGAAUCUUAGAGCUCAUUAAAUAUUAAAUAAGAUUAUUUUUGUUGGUUUUUUUCAAUAUUUAAAAACUUAACCAAGUUAAUUUUUUCAAAAAAAUUUUUGAACUCCAAAAAAACUAAUCAAUCAAGAUGCACAGUUUUAGAAAGAUGUUUACAAAGAACUGCUUUAUAUUUUCUGAAAAUCAAGUUCGAUGAAGACAUUUAAUGUAAAAAUAAAUUUUGAUCAAUUUCCUUGUUUUAUAUACGUUGAUCGUUUAAAUAAAUGUUGUUGAAGCAUUUGGAAAAUGUUUCGUUUUUGCAGCGGCAUCACAAAACCGAACGGAGAGAACGGGUGAGAAGUAACAGAUCGAUUUAUUUUUGAGAAGUGAGGAUAUUUCUUUUUAUUCUAAGUACGAAAAAAAGUCAGUUUUCAUAACUUUUAAAAAUAUUCACGAUUUUAAAUAGGUAAAAGAGAAUAGUCGAGAUAAUUUUCAUGAAAAAAGCAAGAGUAGAGAUUUCAGCGCGUGGUGGUAUUAUGUGGGCUUUUUCAAACGUAUUUCGAUUAUGUUGCGAACUUUGUCGCUCUUUAGAUCUAUUCAAAUUCGAUCAGUUAGUUCAAAAAAAAAAAACUAAAUACAAGGCAUUGAAGUUUUUGAAGAAGAGAGACUGGAAAAAAAAGCAGCUUGGUAGCUAAGGGUUUCAUGCAAAAAUGGAGAGGAAGCGUUUCUACAUGGUAACCCAGUGACACGGGUCCGUGAAAUUAAGAAACAAAAAUGAGAGACAAAAGGAAAAAGAGGAAAAAUGAGUGUUGAAACGAGAUGCGAUCGAGUACAUGGCUGAAUAUCGGACCUCGCAUCUGCGCGUCCCGAAAUGGUUCUCGCCGCCUUCUUUCAGUUGCCCCGAGGCUCUCAGAAUCCCUUUUUUCUGUGAAUCCAGUGGAAAUCUUUUUAAAUAUGGGCGCGGUUAAUGGUUGGAAUGACAGUUAAAAGAGGUUUUUUACUCAAAGGAAUCAAAAAGUGAAAAUUUAUUAAAAGUACAGAUUUUCUUUUCUUUUACGUUACAAUGAAAGCUCUCAAUUAACUUCAUAAGUUGGGUCUAAAUUUCAUGGAGAAAGUGCGGAUAAAAGUCUCGAGGAAAUGCAUAUAAAGGGAAAGAAAGAGUUCUAACCGUAUUUUUCCUAAUUAUCUUCUUUAUGCGCUCACAUUACAGUUGUGUGUCUGAGUGAAAACAACGAAGAACAAGUCUUACAAAAGCUCUACUUUUUUUUUAAAAGAAGAGAUCGAGGCUUUGCGAUCGUUAGGCAUUAGAUUAAUUUUUUUCUUUUCAUUUUUCUAUUUUGAGAAGUUUUCCAACAAAAAAUAAGUUUAUGUUCUAAUUGGAAUUGGUGGGAUAUCGUUAAAAAGUUCUUUUGAAAAAAUAAAAGAGUUUGGAAGCUAUCACAUCUAGAUUUGAGCUGGAAAAGAAAAGUUUCGGUUGAUGAAUUUCUAUAGAGUUUUCCUUUUUGGUUCCCGAACGGAAAGAUCGUCCAGACAAAGUUCGAAAGCGAUACAAAAACGAUAUAGGUUGAAUAGAACUAUAGGUAUUCGGGAGAUACAAAGACCUACCUUUUCACGUUUGAUGGCUGUAGAUAUGGACGGACGCAGUUGGUAGGCAUUUGCACAGCGACGCCCUUUGCGACUCCCUGGGUCUCCGCUGAACACAUGCUCUCACGCGCUUUACGCAGGUCGGUUCCUUUUCGAUUUUGAACCACCCGAGGCAGUACUGCAACUGAUUUGAUCGGCUUCAGUGCAGUUCGUCUCGGGAGCCGUCUUUCCAGCGUCUCUGGUCCAUGCCCCGACCGCAUCGUUACCGUCAAAUGGGACGAUGGUCAGUUACUCUUCUUUAGUACUUUUCGAAAGUCCAAGGCACAUGUCCUGUGAGCUUUCACACCAACAACCACUAAUUUUCAAGUUUUAGAAAAUUACGACAGCAGUUUCUUAAAAAAAACUUCUAACCAAGCCUCAGCGCUUCUGAAAGAUCACUAAGACUUUUUGAACACAUGUUUAUUUUGUUUCAUUCGAGAACAAGAAAAGCCAUAAAUAACGAGAAAUGUACAGAAAUGACGGUGUUCAUUCAUAGUGCUAUUCAAGGGAUUUUUCAUUUUAGCCGUGUAUUUGACUAGUUUUCUCUUUCUCUCACUUGUUCAGUUUGUGCUUUUCAGCCGUUUUUCUAUAACUGAGUCUUUUAAAUGAUUUCUUACUUAAAAAUCGGGGGAAAUGUUACAUUCCUACGUUUGGAAGAAAUUGGCGGACCUCAAUGUCACAUCAGAUUUCAUAUGUACAUUUAUAAACAGUGUAGUUAUCAGUAAUUUCCUUCAAAGUACCUCUUUAUCAUAAUCUUUUGCAUCUUACUCUUUUAUUCCGCAUUUGUGAAUUGGGCGUUUGAGCAGGACAUUCUUAUCAAUGACUGGUCUACAGUUCAAACCGAUAGGAGUUUAAUGCUAGCGUUCGGUCGACAGAGAAAAUUCAUGCAGAGGUAGCGGCUAUAAGUUAUUUUAGUGCAAACAGAUUUUUGCUUGAGAGACUAUAGAGAUGAUCUGCAAGACAAAAAAUGUUCUUUGAAACCGAAGAUUUGAACAUUUUCACCGCAAACUUCAAGAAAAAAAAUUGGCACUACUCCUGCGUUCACUUUUAAGUUAUGAUACAUUAUUGUUUAUAUAAAUAAGCGGAAAAAAUGCAAAAAAUGUACAAAAGUUGUUGAUCAAGUCUGGAAGGAACUUAUGAGAGAAAAUCGUCGACAGGAAGAUCAACCAAUUAUUUUUUGACGACCUUGGGAUGGCGGCUGAGAUUGAAGUUGACCUGACAAACUUUUGAUGAAACUUAGCCUUCAAGAAAGAUUAAUUCACUCUGUCAUCCCCAAGUUAUCGAUUUCUUCCAACAGCUGUGAACUGUAGGAAAUCUGAUACUCAUUUAUAGUCGUGCCAGUUGGUGAAGGUACCAAUUUCCGAAAUUUGUGAACUGUCACACAGUUUGACCUGCGAUCGCUUGAUGGAAUGCCGUGGCCCCCAUACACUCAUUUGAAGGCGGCCGAGGCGAAUUUCCCUUGAUUUGGCUUCGAGAUACGUCGCCGGACGCACAGACUUACACGAUGAGUGCAGCGAUGAAGGCGAGGUGAACUGUUUGAACGGGAAGUCCAAUUCCUUCAGAAAUCUCACGAUGAAUGAGUUCGACGUCGAGCAAUCCGCUCAGAAGGUUUGGAUGGACGCUGAGAAGGACGAGGUUCUCGUUGAGUGGGCCAGCGGCCUCUUGAGCAGGUGAAUACGUGGAAGAGUAUCCGAAAUGAGGCUUGACCGACGGAGUUAAUUCAUUUCGAUGACUUCAUCUGAAGCAGUAAAAUAUCAUUUUCACACAUUCAGCGCUUAUUUGAUCGUGUGAUUAGUUUUUCGUCUUAAUUUUGGUUGACUGCUCAGCAAUAGAGGAUUUUUCCCGUAAAUAAAACGUCAAUGUAAAUCUAGAUACUCCUAAUCUGCAGGUAUCCCUCGGAAUGGCUGCGACUGCGGAACUUGUCUUGUGAAAAGGCGAAAAGCAGACGCCGUCAAGUCUAUCUCUUUCCAGAAACGACAUGGGGUAAAGAUGAGAUUGAAAAGAGGUUGAAGAGGUUCGAUCAUCAGAAGAUGAUGCAAGAUGGCAAGGUUUUCUUGUACUCAUGAAGACGUCUAGCAAGAGUUUGCAGACUCUGCACGACUUCUUGGAAGCCGUCUGCCUCGACGGCAUCGCUGUUUUGGAAGGAGCGUCGCGCGGUAAGAGAGGCGCCGUCGAGGACAUCGGAAAACGCAUAGGACUCAUACGACAGACUCAUUUCGGGUAUUGAAGAAAGAGAAAAAAAAAUCUUCAGCAAUUUUAAAUUCUUUUUAAAGACAUUCCAGCUUGGUCCGCUUAGAAAGCGGCUGCGAAGCGGUUGCUUUGUAAAAAGGCGCAUGGAAGAAUCAGAAAGUAGAAAAAAAAAAUCCAGGUUUGAACCACAGUGCGAUCGCGACUUUUGAAUUAUUUCACGUGCGGACAGGAUGUUUUAAAUAAGCUUAAAAUAAUAAUUGAAAGUUUCUUAAAUGUGCUCUGUUGGCUAUUCAGAUAUGGUGAACUUAUUUCAUAGUUGGUCCAAUUUGAGUUGAAUGAUAUUAGUCCAGGAUUCGAUGAAGAAAAUCUUGAAAUUGUUACUUUCUGAGCAAAGUUUUAGAAUACGUAUUUAAGAAGACAAUAUUAAAAAGGAACAGUAUAGUCCGUCCACCGCGACUUGACAGUUUUCGCGUGUCUGCGUCUCUCUUUUCCCUCACCGGCGAGGUCAGAGAAACAUAUAAACAGCACGUAAAAAUGAGAGAGACGUUGAGAGAUAAGGAGGGCGCAGAGAAGUCCCGCUCUUUCAAGUCGCGAAAAACGGACUAUACUGCAUAUUUUGGGAAUAAUUUUUCUGAACAUUCCUAACCCGGCCUUUUGAGGAUCGUGUUUGAAGUGAGCACGAAAGCGGACGCCAGCAACAUGGCCUACGCUUCCAACGGCGGCCUUCCUUUUCACACCGAUUUCCCCUCACUUUCUCAUCCACCCGAGGUUGAUCCACUCAGGAAACAAUCGGGAAAAAUCCUCUUAUUCAGUUACAAAUGCUUCACAUGCUCCAGAGCGCCGACGAGGGAGGCAACAGCCUUUUUGUCGACGGAUUUCACGUCGCUGAACUGGUUUUGUUUUCUUUUUCAAUAAAUAUUCCUGUUUUUAAAUAACAGUUUACGGUUCUCAUCCGUAUUAUUGGCUUUCUUUAGGGACUUCUAUGACUAUGUCGCAAAGAUUCGAGAAGUAUCACUUUUGCUAUGUUUUUUUCUUUACAUAUCUUUACCAUUCUUAUUCUUUUUUUUACAUCUUAUGAAAUUAAGCUCAAAAAUGUGACUUUUGAGCCUUGAUUCGUUGAGAAUUAUAGAGACUCCUAAAGUGAUCCGACUUUUUGGAAUUCUUAAGAAAUUGUAGAGGAUCGAAACUCCGAAAAAAAAUACCUUCGCGAGCUAUUUUGUUUGUCGAAAAUAAUCAUGAAUAUCCGCAGCUUCGGAAGGAACAGCCAGAAGUUUUCGAAACGCUGACCCACUACUCGAUGGAGUUUAUCGAAGAAGGAUACGACGUCCAUGAAAUCGGAGCCGAAUCUCGCAGAUUCGACUACGACAUGUGUGCCCGACACAAAGUCAUACGGUAAGUUUCCUCGGAAGACCCAACUUAAUUCAACAAACCUUCGACCAUAGAUAUUCUUUUUUAGAACGAACGACUCUGGUCGCGUUGUCAAAAUACAGUUUGGAAACGCGAUGAGAAGUUGGUUUUAUGACUGCGAUCCCAGAGAAGUCCAAAAAAAUUUAUAGGUUUGAUUAUUCCAAAUUUAUUUAAUUUAUAAUAAAUUUUUUUAUUGAUUUUAUCCAUUCUCAGAGCCAUGAAAACAUUCACGGACUACUGCUACCAGCCAAGAAAUGUGUUGAAGAUCCGACUCAAUGAUGGUUUCUUUUCUCCCGAUCCAAAAAGUAAACUUGGCAAGUUUCCAGGAGACACUGUCCUUUGGGCGAACACACGGCUUCUGCACACACGCGACGCGUUCCGCAACGCGCCCGGCAAAUCUCGGACUCUCACCGGCUGCUAUUUUGAUUGGGACUUUAUCAAGUCCCGUGUUCGCUUCCUUCGAGAUGAGCACCAACUGCCUCAAAAUCAACCUUCAGCCUAA